AUGUCUAUUAAGCGCCUUCCGGCAAUAUUGUUUCCCGGUCAAGGAAACCAAAAACGGGCUAUGCUUGAAAACUACUUUAAAAGGUUUCCUUCGGUAGUCAAACCUAUUUUAGAAGAACUUGAUGAAUCUCUUAAACAAAACUUUUCCAAACUUCUUAUAAAAUCUUCAGAUGCAGAUAUUUUUCUACCAGACAUUGACCUAACAUCUAAUGCGCAACCAGCUAUUCUUACAACAAGCUAUACAAUUAUUCAGAUACUUAAAUCUCAAAGCUCCAAUAAACAAGAUUUUUUUAGUUCUAAAUUUUCUUACGCUUUAGGCCAUUCUCUUGGAGAAUUUAGCAGUGCUUCAGCUGUUGGAAUAUUAGAUUUUUCAGAUGCUGUUAAGCUUGUUCAUUUGCGUGGGAAAGCCAUGGAAUCAUCGAAAGCUCAGUUUUCAAAAAGAUUUGGCAAUGUAAAAUUGGGAAUGUAUGUAACCUUGCUAAACAAAAUAUCAUCAUCAGAUAUUAUUAAAAUUUUUGAUGAAAAAUACAAAACAGGCCCAUUGAAUCCCAAUGAAUUAUCUAGUUAUGUUGAUAUCGGAAACAUUAAUUCAAGUUCUCAGGUAGUUUUUUCAGGUCCACAACCCGCUAUUUAUACCAUACUUUCGGAACUUCAAACACAUUAUGGAAUCAAACGGCCCUUUAAAACAAUUCCACUUAAUGUUUCAGCACCGUUCCAUUCUCCCAUAAUGCUCCCAGCACAAGAAUAUAUGGAAGCUCUUGUUUCAGAACUGGAGGCAAGUGGGAAAAUAGGAUGGCCUUCUGAAAUUCCUAUUAUAUCAAAUAUCACCAAAAGGCCUUUUGAAUCUAAACAGCAAAUUAUUAGGUCUUUUUCUCACUCGUGCACUGAUAGAGUAUAUUGGUAUGAUUCAAUUAAAUAUGCCGUAAACGAAAGAGGUAUAGAUAAAUUUGUGUCUAUUGGGCCAGGUAACAUCGGUGAUUUAACAAAGCGUGAUCUACCUAAAACUGUAUCUUUGGUUAAUGUUACAUCUGAAACAUUAGAAGAUUUUAUUGCAAAUUUCAAUUGA